AUGUAUCGACUCAAAAGAUUCUCAAGCCUAACGCUCAAACCUCAUUUAACUCGACCUGGGACCAUCAAUACAAUACGACCAUCUCAAUUCAACUUACUUCGAAACUAUUCAAUCAAUAACACUUCAUCAUCAUCAUCAGAUAAAUCUCAAAUAGACAGCAAGAACGAGCUUUCAACUGAUAAACCAAACCAGCCGACAUUUGUUCAAGCUGCGAUUGCUACUUAUUUACCAUCGAUUCGUUCAUUGGCAGCUAAAUUACCACAUCUAAGAAAUCCUCCAACUCCCAAGGAUUUACUUCCACUCACCAACUCAUUCAUCGAUCGAGCUCAGAUUCGUUUCAAAUGGCUUACCAUCCGAUCCUUUCGACCCUAUCGAUCUGAUGAUUAUUCUGCUUUUGCUUCUCUUAUCUUUAUACUGGCUCUCAUUCUAGCUGCUCUGACUACUACUUCAUUUCUUGGAGUACUUCUUUUGAUCUUCAAUAAAGCUGGACUUGAAGAUCUAGUGGCUAGAUGGUUGAGUGAUUAUCUUUCAAGGACUACUGGAGUACGAAUCCUCUUUGCAUCUGCUUUGGUUCCUCGUUGGAGAGAUGGACUGAUCCGAUUUGAGAAUGUGAUUGUCUUGAGAGGUACUUUAGGGGAUGGUCCAAGAGGAUUGUUUGAUGAAAUCUUACAAGCUCAUCAAAUCCAAAGUCUAGAUCAUGAACCAAUUGAAGAUGAUCAAUUCUCUGAACUAGAUAAAGAUCUUUCUCAUCUCCUUAGAUCUCAUUCAAAGUCUUCAAGAUUACCUUUUCAUUCUGAAACCUCAUCAGCUUUAAUACCAUCCGAUUACACUCACUUUCAUCUUACCAUAGCUACUAUUGAUGUCACUCUAAGUCUGAGAAGAUGGUUGAAUGGCAAAGGUCUCAUACGUCAGGCUGCUGUUAGUGGAGUCAGAGGCGUGGUAGAUCGAUCACAUCUCGAAUACAGUCAAACCAACCACGAAGCCCCAACCUUGAUCGAUCGGUCAAGUACGCGUCGGAAACCUAGUACAGGUGAUUUCGAUUUAGAGGAGCUCUUGGUAGACGAUCUGUUGGUAACGAUUUAUCAACCCGAAGCAUUCCGUCCGUAUACGUUUUCAAUCUUUAGUGGACAUGUUCGUCGAUUGAGAAAACAAUGGUUGUUUUUAGAUUUGAUGAGUGCAGAACAAGUGACGGGUCAAAUCGAUAAUUGUCUCUUUUCACUUCAUCGACCUCAAUCUCUAACUCAUUCAAACCAAUCACCUUCGCCUUCUUCUUCUUCAUCCAAGUAUCAAACUCAUUUCUCACGGUUUAGGAUCGAUGGAGUUCCGAUUGAUCAUCUUCAAUCGAGUGGUGAUGAAGGUCCUUUAGGAUGGAUCACCAGUGGAAAAGUAGAUCUGGUAGCUGAUAUCAGUUUACCACGCGAGUCUGAGAAAAUAGAUUUAAGAACUGUCGUCAGAGAGAUUGUGGACAAUAUCGAAAAAGAAAUCGUUCAACCUCAACCAAGGAUAUCUGAACGACCUGAACUUAUUAAACCUGCUCUCGAAGCUCCUUCACUCACCACUGAUCCACAUCAGGGAGACGAUGAUGAAGAUGUGAAUGAGGAGAAGGUUGGGGUGGUGAUUGAGAUGGAUAUUAGGUUUAAAGAUGUCAAGGCUACUGUUCCACUUUUCAGCAACAAUCUAUCACAUGUAAACCAUGCACUUGUACGACCGAUUGUAGCAUUUAUCAAUUCCAACAAGACAUUAAUUCCGAUUCGUUGUUCCCUAACCCUUCCACUUACCGAAUUUGAUGGUAGUUGGACAUCUUAUGAUAUCGGUUUAGUCGAAAAGAUUGGUGAUCAAGUUUAUAGUGCCUUGGCCUUUCAUGUGACUAAUUCGAAUGGUAGAAGAGUAGGGAUCGUAGGCAUUUGGGGUGUUCAACUUGUUGCUAGAAGUAUUUUGGGUGCUUUACGUGAACAUUGGAAAGCGGCUCAUUGAUUUUUUUUUCUUUUACAUGGUAUGAAGUUUAAUGAUUGAGAUGAAGUUUAAUGAUUACGAUCAAGUAUAAU